CUCGUUGGUCUAGAGCAUUUUAAAACGUCCAGUGCAACCGAUUCGGCGUUCAGUGUGUUUUCGUAUUCAUUACAAGAUACUCAAAUCUGUGUGCAGUUUCGUAUUUAAUACGUUUUAUACAUUUUUUUUCAUUCAACUAGUUCAGGUUUCGUCUUAGCCGCACACGCUGCACAGUCCAUCAUGAAGCCGUCGUUGGCCAUCGUACCGUAUCUGCCGGCGUUGUUGUUGGUCGCAGCAUUAGCCGCCGUACCCGUACGUGCGGGUCAAUCCGUUCACGAUCCUAUCGAAUAUUACAGCGAGCCCAACUAUCAUUUCAAUUACGGCGUGAAGGACUUGCACACGGGCGACCUGAAGAGCCAAUGGGAACACCGGGAGGGCGACGUGGUCAAAGGAUCGUACAGCCUUAUGGAGCCGGACGGUUCCAUACGGACGGUGGACUACACGGCGGACGAUCGCAACGGGUUCAACGCGGUCGUGUCCAAGACGGGCAAGAACGUGCACCCAGCCCCGGCCGCCCAUCAGCCGUACGAGACGCCGUCGCCGUCGCCGAAGCGCAACCAUGUGCUGCACCUGCACCAACAGGCCGCGGCGUACAAGCAGCUGGCCGAGGCGUACAACAGGCAGCCGUACGCCGCCGAGGUGUCCACGUCCGCCGUGCCCGUGCCCGAGUACAGGCCGCUCGUGCAAUCGCCAUCGCCGUCCAAGUACCCGCCGCUGCUGUACCGCAACUUCUACGCCAAGUCCUCGCCGUCGGCCACCGCGGCCGCCGUCAACUACAUGGCGUACCCGGCCAACGACGGCGGGCUCGAUUCCGUCGUGGCCACGGCCACGCCCAAGUACUACGCGGUCGCGAGGCCCGAGUACUACCCGGUGUCUUCCGACUACAACGCCGAAGCGAAGGCCGAAGCCGCGCCCGAGUACUUCUACUACCCGCAGGACGCCGAGUCGCUGUCCCCGUCACCGUCCCCGUCCGCGCCGUCCGCGCCGUCACCGACGCCCGACAUGACCAAAGCCGGUCCUGUCCUGUUCCCGGCCGACAACUCCACGACCACUGAAGCCACCGCCGCCCCGUCCGCAUCGCCCACGCCUAUCGCUUUGCUCAAAUACGAACCCGACAAUAACGGACAACCCUUGUACGCCGACUACAACUAUUACGCGUAAUGCGGAUUCGUUGUUUUUUUUUUUCAGUCUUUCUCUCCGUUCGAAAAAAAUUAAAUAAAAUUAACAACCCCGUAAAUUUUCAA